GGGAGGUUCCAGAAAGUUGCAUGUGCCUGCGUGUGUCUGAGUGAUAUCCAUGAGGGAGGGAGUUCCUAAAGUUCUGAACCAAGCCUGAAGUUUUUUUUGUUUAGUACUUUCAGAGUGUCACUAGCACACAUACACGCCAGUGUGCACAGGGAUGUUUACAGACGGUGGACUUUGUAACCAGAGAACUUGCUGUGCUUUAACUCAGCCUUGGGGGAACGAUGGGCGGAAACCCUGAAGAGAAGAGAAGAGUGAAGAGAAUGGAAUAAAAAUCAGAAGUUAAAAGUUAACCAGAGAAAAAGACGGAACCAAAGAAAACAUGGAAAUGGAGAACUCAUAAAUGCAAAGACAAACAAAACAACUUUAAACCUUAACAUUACAGAAGAGGAGAGAAAGACAGUACAAAGUCUUGGGGAUGGAGAGAGAAACUCCUGAAUGCGAAACUUGAGUACGUGCCUGAUAACAGGAAAGAGAGAGAAAGGGCUAGAGACCUGGAGCAGAACAGAGAAACUGCAGCAUGCUGAAAGAGAGGGUGAACAGGUGUGUUUUGCUGCGCGUGUGUGUGCUCCUCUGCAUGCUGUGCGUUUGUGCUCAUGUGUAUGUGGAGUUUAAGGGAUCUGAUCUGAAGAGCCAAAAGAGCUCAAACCACCUCCAACAGGACACCAAGCGUUGGGACACCAAGCGUUCUGAAGCUGCCAGCAAGUUGAGUUUGAGCGACUGGAAGCCCACGUGUUGCCCACCUGUCCAGCAGCACAGAAAGUCUCUCAGGUGGAAGAUAGAGCUGGAGCCAUGGGCCAGUGAGAGGCACAACCUGGAGGACGAAGCAUUACGAUUCAUCAAGUACAUCACUACACCACAGGUGUCCUGUGAAAACCCUGGAUUUCCAGUAUUACACAAUGGUGAUGAGGAUGUUCAGAGGUCAUGGGUGCUAUGCUUGGAUAACAGAUUCAGCUUGGCCCAAUGUAUCAACACUAAACACUGCCGAGUCUACUCAGUCGGGCUGGGUGGUGAGGAUAAGUGGUUAGAGAGAGCGUUGGCUAAGGCAGGAUGUGAAGUUCAUUGUUUUGACCCCAGCAUCAAAGAAGCUCACCUGCAGGAUUCCCACAUGUGGCUCCAUCGGCUUUCUGUGGACUGGAGGGACCCCAACCCCGCCAUCCCAGCUCAAAGGCAGCACGGCAGCACCAAGAAACUGGCCACCAUCCUCAACGACUUUGGACACAGACAGGUGGAUGUGCUGAAGUUAGACAUGGAGAGCGCAGAAUGGAAGAUUCUAGAGAACCUGGUCCUGGAAGGAGUUGUGCCUUCGGUGGGCCUCCUGCUCCUUGAGGUCCACGUGCACUGGGCGGGGUUUGAGGUGGGUGGGGACGAGCCGUCUGUGGUGCGCUAUUGGUUCAGCUUGCUGAGGGAGCUGGAGCGAUCGCACUUCCGCCUCUACCACAGCUACAACGACCCUGCAAAGCCACGCCUCUUUCUUCAUAAGAACCUGCGCAAUGCGAGCAGCGCUUAUAUUCUGGGUUGGGUCAACACGCGCUACUCGCCUCAUUGAAAACAAAUGGCCAGGCAUACGUUUCAGUUAUGGGACAUGUAGUUCAGCAGAAAACCGGACAGCAGUCGUGCGAAAUGAGGCAAAAGUAAUUUAGACACAAGUUUCAGCAAAGCGCAGAACAAGAACAGCGUGACAUUAAUGAGUAUUCUGUUGUUAUGGCUCGGCUGACACACUAGUACUUUCUCUAUAUGGUAGGGGAUACAUUAUCCUUUUCGGGGUGGGGAGGGAAGGAGAGCGGAGGGCUAUAAAUGCUUCUAGGAGCUCAUCAGCACAUGUAAAGGCUGUUUUUCUUCCAGAGGUCAGUCGCAUAGCUAGAGAAGCAGUCACCGGCGUCUCCUCAGCUAAUGCUGGCUACGUGCCAGGAGUGUGACCCUCUGCCUCUCGCUGGAGGAAUAUGCUCUGAGAGAGUUAUGAGCUAUCAGUUAGAGAGAGAGAGAGUCAGUAAACGUAGCAUGCUGAGAACUGAGUAUGUCCAGGAGGCCAAGCGUAAGAGCAAAAGAGUACAAAUGAACUGACAAACCAAUCUCACAGGGUCAAAGCCCAAAGGACUUGAUGGACAGUUGACCACAGAAUGGCAGUCUGCACCAAUGGCACAGGAGAAUGAGCAACAACCAAAGAACAGAGAAUGGAGGUCAAGAUUACCGCACCCGCAUCAGCACCAGCACUGCAGCUUUGACAGUGUUUCAGUAACCUUGUUUUAAUAAAGCAUCUUCAGGAAGA